AUGCCACUCUGCUGCAAGGGCAGAGACAAGGGCAGAGACAAGGGCAGAGAGGGCAGUGGCUGUGCCGUGUCCUCUGACCAAAGUGCAUAGUCCUUUCCCCUCCGGCACUGUGGCGCCAAAUGCACCUGUACACGACACAUUACUAUCAAGGACUCUUCGAAAUCUGUGACCCCCUUUCUGACAGUACUCUGUGUGUUCCACAAAGGAUGACAGAAGUGCAGUUUCCUCGGAUACUGUUAAACAGUUUUACACACAGUUCUCUAUCCUAUUUAGUGUUCCCCAAUGUUCAACCUUGAGAGGACCUGUAUUCGGGAGCAUGUUUGCAUGGUGGAUUGGGAGGAUGCACAGUUAGUUCGUUGUCACCCAACUGCUGUCAGUUGACAAACAGGAUUACAGGGCCUGCUCUGGGGAGCGGAGAGGCUUCUGCCCCUGUUCAAGUAACAUGAUGCACGGCACGGCACACCGCUCCUCUCCUCUACUCCGCUAUGGUCACCAGACCAGACACACUGAGAAUUACCACUGAAGGUCAGUGAAGUCAGACACUGAAUGUCACAGCUUAGACACAGUUUGGGGAAGAGCAGGAAUAUUCAGAUAAAUACGUCUGUCUAUGCUGUCUCCUGUCCUGAAAAAUAGUAAUUCCCUGCUCCUGCAUUCCAGCGUAGCAGCCCUGGGAUUAGGUAGCAGGGAGUUAAAAGGCAACAGAAACGUAUCGAUUAGAAGGAGUGAAUCAGAGAGCCAUGAUGCCUUGAAUAAUAAAUUGAAGGGAACACAGCCACCGCUUGUCAAAUGGGGACUAUCAUUACGAGGGGAUAGACUCCUGCAUUUCUCCCAUUGGUUGAUUCCCCCUGUAGAUAAGCUGAUGGAUAAGUCACACCACGGGGCCAUGGAAGCGUGUUACCAAACAGCAGGAAGUCUGACUGUCUCUGAGAAACUUAACAUAGGUUUAAGUGAGCAUUCCACAGCCCAUUUACCCCCCCCCCGCUUUGACAGGUGUGCUUUGACAGGUAUUUUCUAAUCCUUGCCGUAAAUGACUGGUUAAUUAGAAGGAAUUUAUAGCACCAACACACACUCUCUCGCUCUCUCUCCCUCUGACUAUGGUUCUGAGUAUAGUAGAGUUGUAGUGAGCUGAUGGACACAGAUUAACUGCCUCAUAAUACUACUAUCUCCCAGAGGUGAGGAUAUAUUGGAAAACUGAGAAAAAACGGAGAUGUAGUAUGUGCAGGAGGUGGUACAUGAACAAAAAAGCCCAUACUGUAAUAUAGAUCCAAUCAGACUUCCUGAGGUACUAGAUCCAGUGACCGACUGAAGCUCAUGUUAUUGUUUGGGCUGAUCUUGAACAGACUUUAAGAGCAACACAGGCCUCAGUCUGUAACCGACUUAGACACCAGAGGAUUUGGAGUUGUGGAUACCGAGCCCAGAGCGUAAUGUAUUGAGUGGCUCGAUAGCAGCAGAAUUCCUCAAAGGCCCAACGCCACUCCGUGAAGCCAGAAAAUCUAUGAUAGCAACAGGUCACAUGACUCAUCUAUCAGGCCAGAAUACGUUUUUCUCUCUUAUAUAGAUAUAUCUGACAGUCUCUCUCUGCUCUGGCCCCCCUACAUCAUCCCUCAUACUGUUUACUCCUGACCUGGCUGUCUCCAUAUCUCCCAUCUGCUUUAUCAUCCUACCCGUCCCUUCUUCCUAGUCAAUAUCUCACUCUUUUAUCACUUUGAUUCCACUUACAGUAAUUCUCCUCUCCCCACAACUCAUCUUUCUCGACUUUCACAAAAAGAAUAUUCCAAAAAACAUUCUUCUUUCCUUUCAAGUCCCGAAUUAGACAUCAAAGUCAGACGGCAAAAUUUCAAUUCAGAAUCAAAUCCCCAGUCUAAAUGUAGCUACCUCCUCUAAUUCGUUUCCCUCUCUCUCUCUCUCCUCUCUCCAGGCUGCGGGCUAGAGUUCCUGCUGGUUCUCUGUGGUCUGGAGCUAUGCUGGUCCUGCCCACACCACUGUAUCUGUUACACCGCGCCCAGUACCGUCAGCUGCCAGGCACACAACUUUCUGUCCGUCCCCGAAGGCAUUCCCCCGCACAACGAGCGCAUCUUCCUGCAGAACAACAAGAUCCACCGGUUGCUGCAGGGCCACUUCAGCCCCACCACGGUCACACUGUGGAUCUACUCCAACAACAUCACCUACAUCGAGCCCUCCACCUUCCACGGCUUCGCCCAGCUGGAGGAGCUGGACCUGGGGGACAACCGUCACCUGCGCUCCCUGGCUGCAGACACCUUCCAUGGACUGGGCCGACUCCAUGCUCUGCACCUGUACCGCUGUGGGCUCAGUGCGCUGCCCAGUAACAUCUUCCAGGGGCUACGCAACCUGCAGUAUCUCUACCUACAGGUACGUUGGCCACUGGGGCUCUAUGGCACUCUGAGUCAAACGAAACAAUGCUGGAUUUUACAUUUGAAAAUACAAUAUAUAUACCCGUGGCUGUUAAGCUUUAGUUUCUCUGUCCUACUUUAUAGUAGCCACAUACCUUAUAACCAAACAACAUGUUGGUAGGUACAGUGUUACAGAGUACUGUAGGUGUAUAACCUCUCCAUUUUGCUGUGUUUGGCUGUUCUCAGGAUAAUCACCUGGAGUUCCUGCAGGAUGACAUCUUUGUGGACCUCCACAACCUGAGCCACCUGUUCCUGCAUGGGAACCGUCUGUGGUCGCUGCACCAGAACACCUUCCGGGGGCUGGGGGCCCUGGACCGCCUGCUGCUGCACCACAACCAGCUGCAGUGGGUGGACCGCCUGGCCUUCCACGACCUGCGUCGCCUCACCACCCUCUACCUGUUUAACAACUCACUCACCGAGCUGUCUGGAGAGUGCCUAGCACUGCUGCCUGCUCUAGAGUACCUGCGCCUCAACGACAACCCCUGGGAGUGUGACUGUAAGGCCAUGUCACUGUGGGACUGGCUCAAACGCUUCAGAGGUUCUACUUCGUCCGUUGGCUGCCAGGCCCCGGCCGAGCUGGCUGGGAAGGACCUCAAGCAGCUCCGCAAGGAGGACUUCCCCAACUGCUCUGGCUCUGAGUCUCUGCACCAGAGCAAGACCUGGGCCGGGACUGAUAAGGUAUCACUGAAGAAGGAGCCACACCCGGUGCCACCGCCUCACUCCCACCCCCACCGCCCUCACCACAACGAGGCACCACACUAUCCCUCGCCGCCCUCGCCUCUGCCCCAUCCGCCCCCAUCCAUAAACGGGGAGGGCCCGGGUUCAGAGGGACAGCCUGGGGUGGCGCCCCCUCAGAGGCCAGGCCGCGCUCGGAACUGCACCCGCCAGCGCGUCAGGGGAGGCAAGGGGAAGGGGCAGAACGAGGUGCAUACCUUAAAGGAGAUGGCCGAUAAGGAGUAUUCCUCGCCUGAUUUUGAAGGGGGCAAAUAUGACCACACGUCCCCGGAUGGCACCGUCACGCGGAGGAAGCAUAAGUGCCCUCCCCAGACCACUGUUCGCCCCCCUAGUGGGGUACAACAAGCCACCAAUAGGGCCACGUUCUCCCAGCCCUUAAUACAUCCCAACGCCAUACUGGGAGCUUUGUUGCUCAUGACCAUUGCCCAUAUUCUCCGCUGA